AUGGGAGGGUCUGAGCCAGAACAAGUAUGCAAGAAUCAUCCAUAUCAUGAUCAGAAACAAGGGGUUUGUGCAUCAUGUUUAAGAGAGAGAUUAACGCAACUAAUCUAUGUUAAUACUUCACAAUCUGCAAUUAUGGCACCUCCAUCAUUUGCUUCUUCACUAUCUUCGUCUCCUGGUGAUCCUUACUCUUUUGCUUCCUCUUCAAACCAUGUGUCUCGUCGGCGCCAUCACCGGAACAUUUCGGAAAAUAAUAAUAAUAAUAUGGGUUCAAUAUCGUUCAGGGUAAGUGUUGGUAAUCGGUUAAAGAAGAGUAGAUCGAUUGCUUUUGUGUCAAGAAACCUUGUUGGAGAGGUCAAGAAUGGGAAGAAGAAUGAUGGGUUUUGGACUAAGUUGCUUCAUUUGAAGGGAAAGAAGGAUCAGGUUUUGAUGCGUUCUGCUGUCUCUAUGAAAGAAAGGAGGCAAUUGCAUUGGAGGGUGGUGUUUCUCUAUCGCCCAACCCCCACAUGCUCUACCUUGGAAUUAGUAGCUCAAACUAAAGCUGUCUUCUUUAGACCAGUAGUGAUCGUGGAGUUGUUGUCACGGCGUAGGGCAACAUUGGUUAGAUAA